GUCACACUUGCAGGCGCCUCUCACAGUCCGAGUUUCGUUUUCUAGCUGAGCAAGACGACAGCCAUAUUUGACUUAGAUUUCAUGUCCGUGUAUCAAGAAUGUAAUCUCAAUCCCAAAGACACAGCUGCCCGCCUAACAUCAGAAGAUGGAGGCUAAACACGUUAUCGUCAUUCAGAGGAACCACAAGUUCCUGAAGGAGCUCCUUAUCGUGGAGCCUGUGCUGGACGCCUUGUUGCAGGACGGAGUCUUCACACAGGAAGACUAUGACAACUGUAGACAGGCCGGGCCAGGGAAGUGUGAGAUGCUGUUAGAAAUAUUGAAGAAGAAAGGCGUGGAGGGAUACAGGACACUGUGUGGGGUCCUUGAUUCCACGCAACCGUUCAUUAAAGAAAGACUUGAUGCAACAUCCUUGGAAGGAGGCAACUCCGACCUCGUCUUUGUUAACAAACUGAAGGUGCAAUCCGAGCACAGAAAGGAACUUGCCGGAAAGGACGAGCAGAUAGCAGAGCUGCAAUCCGGAAUGGAGGAUUUAACGAAACAGCUGGAAGACAAACAGAAGGAUUAUGAUACACUGGAGGAAACAAACAAGAAACACAGAGAGGAACUCAUGUCACAGAUGGAUAAACAGAAAGAGGAAAUCGAAACUUUGACGACGAAACUAUCAGAGUCGAACCAGGAGGUAGAGCAGUGCCAAAAACAACGUGAUGAAUUGAAGCUGAGACUACAAGCAGAACAGGAAGCGUAUGAGUUGUUAUCAGGAUUACCUACAUCACAGUCUUCGGACAGGGAGGUCAUGACUGAGGCCGACCAACAACCAGAUCCUGCUGAGGGUUCCAGCAUGUGCAAGUUGUCAACAGUUCCGGACUGUGAUGACAAGCAGCUGUAUCUACUGUCAUGUCUUCAUUCUGUCUGUAAGCCAUGCAUUGACCACCAUGCUGUCCAAACCAACCAGACCUCCAUCAAGUGCCCCUGCGGUCUUGAGUUCAGACUUGAGGAUACAGUAGCAGACCACGUCGGACGCAAUAAGACUGCCUAUGCUGCCAGAAGCGAUGGGGAGAAGAAGUGUGACUAUCUUGAAGAAGAUCAUGAUGUACAGGCUGCGUGGCACUGUCAUGACUGUGAUGGUUAUUUGUGUUCUCAGUGCCGUAAACUACACAAUAACGUUAAGCGGAAUCGAGGUCACAGCAUGGAUGAGGUCGGCCAGGCAGAUGCUAUCCCCAUGAAGCAGUGGCUGAAAGAACCUUACUGCAAGGAUCACCCCAGCAAUGAACUACAACUGUAUGAUCACACAUGUAAGAAGGCCAUCUGUAUUGUGUGUCGCCUUGGGGACCAUGAACAUCACAAGAAUGAAGAUUUAAGUCGUUCCCACGAGAAGGCAAAGCUUCAGCUGGAGGAACAACUGCAGAAGCAACGACUGAAACUGAAAGAUGUCAAAGACACAAUUGGAACUGUGAACAGUCACAAAGAGGAACUUGACAAUAAACAGAGAAAGCUGGAAGAAGAGGUUAUUGCCGUUUCCAAACGUGUUGCUGUGAAGUUCCUUCAUCGACAGAAGAAACUCAGAGAGGAGAUCCAGAUGGCUCUGGACAAUACAAAUAAGGUCGUUCAGGAGAACCUGGAUAGUUUACACGAUGUUCAGUCUUCCAUCAUAUCAACGAUAGACUACACCCAGAGAACGCUUGAAUCCACAAGACGAGAGGAGCUUAUUACUCUCACUGCUACAAUACAGGAGAAGUGUGACGAAAAUCUCAAGAGGGAACUUCCAGAAGAUGACAAGAGGGAUACGAGUAUCCUCCUUUCCUUUCAGGGGCAGACAGCUCUAGAGGAACUCAUCGACACAUUUGGUGGUCUUGCCUCCAGUCUUCAGUUGGAUCAUAUUCCAGAUUCACAGCCUACUUUACAAGGUCUCCAUUCACAAAAUAACCUGCUCACAGUGAACAACAAGGUGCACGAAGGCAGGUGGCAUCAUCUGGAACAGAUACUACAUCACGUCACAGGGCCUGCCUCCAGUGCCGAGGGAUCGCCGGAACCCUUCACCAGCAUCCUCACCACACAAGGCGUGUAUGAAGCGGUGGCAAAUGUUCUUGCAGCGAGUUCCAUCACAGUAUACUUCGUUGGAGACAGCAACGUUAUCAGCGUCAUAUGUCCUAAACUACAUCUGUCCGCUGAUCGAGCCAACACAGACAGGUGCCACGUAACUACAGACGGUGAGCUGAUGAACUCGCCACCCGCCACACAACACAAACACAGCGGCAGGUUACGGAAAUAUUGGGGUACUUGUGCCUCCACCCCCAUCCCCCUUCUUCCAUCCCCCUCUACUGUCACCCCUAUCCCACACACACCACGAUACUGGGAGACCCACUCUAGGGUGGGUGUGGUGGGUAGAGGGUGGUGGGGGCUUGUCCUGGAGAUGGGUGUGAUAGAGAAGAGCCAGGUAGACAGAAAGGGGUAUGUUUGUCACCAGCGCCGCUCCUGGUGUGUUAGUGUAUGGAGCUGUGACACACACUGGGGGAGUCUCUGUACCAGUGUGUGGCAGGAGGGGGAGUGUUACAGUAACACAAUGUCUGACACACCCGGCACACAGGCCACCCUCCACUAUGGCGUUGUGCUGGAUGUGGGGAGGGGGAGACUCGCCUUCAUAGACCUCGACAGAGAAGUUGUUUUAGCCAAGGUGGAUGGUGAGUGGAGCGAGUCUCUUCUUCCCAUGUUUGGUGUUGGGCGGUCAGGUGGCCACACAGUCAACAUGAAGGUGAUAAGUGGGGCAGAUAUCACCAUGACUGACACCAAGAAGUCACUUAUUUAUGACGCCUUGAAUUAGACAAUAAAAUAAACAUGACAUUGUGUAAA